CAAGCUGCUGAGCAACCAGCCAAGUCUGUUUCCACAAUCAAACAGCCCCAUAAUACCUCCUCCUCAACUGACUGUGAAACCCUCAUGAGCUUCAAAAUGCUGCUUUCUCUGUGCAUCUCUGGUUGGGAGAGGAAAAAAUGUGUGAAUCUUGAUUCAAACUGUGACCUGUUUGCCGAGACCAAAGAGGAAAUCCCUCAUGGAGAUGUAAUGUAGAGUGUGGAGAGCUCGACACUACGCCUGGGAGGGGUCAGGAGGUUAUUGAUAUUGUUAGACUGUGGGGACUGCUGGAAAUGCAUAAAUAGCUUGAAGACACACAUUCAUCUUGCAGUCUUUCUCUGAAUGCCUGGGCUCAGGUGACCUCCACUCUAUUCUUCUGCAGGAAACCUCAUCUGUCUCUUCAAACCCUAACCAGCAUGGAAAAAAUGAUAUCUCUGAAAGUGAACUGCUGGCUGCAGUGGCUUACCAUGACUCUGGCCCUGCUGAGUGAAGUCCCUGCAAUGCCGUUCGAUGUGGACCGCGUAUGCACGGCGCCGUCUACGGCCAAGUACAGAUUGACGUUUACCGGCCAGUGGACUCAGACUGCCUUCCCCAAACACUACCCUCUGUACAGGCCGCCUGCUCAGUGGUCCUCCAUCAUUGGAGUAACUCACAGCUCAGACUAUCACAUCUGGCAAAGGGAUGAUUACGCCAGUAAUGGGGUGAGAGAGUUCUCUGAGAGAGGAGAGGCUUGGACCCUGAUAAAGGAAGUGGAGGCAGCUGGGGAACGGAUCCAGAGCGUCUAUGGCCUCUUCUCAGCGCCAGGUGUGGUUGGAGGAACCGGCCAGGCAACCACAGAAUUUGAAGUCUAUGCAAGACACUCUUUACUGUCCUUCAUUGUCCGCAUUGUGCCAAGCCCUGACUGGUUUGUUGGAAUAGACAGUCUGAACUUGUGUGAGAGCGAUCACUGGAAGGGAAAUAUAAGCCUAGAUCUUUACCCCUAUGAUGCUGGCACAGACAGUGGUUUCACCUUCUCCUCACCAAACUUUGAGACCAUUCCUCAAGACAAGGUCACUCAGAUAACCUCAUCAUUUCCAAGCCACCCUGCAAACUCCUUCUACUAUCCAAGACUGAAGCAUCUGCCCCCAAUAGCCAAAGUCUCCCUAACUAAGAUCAAGAACAACCAGAUCUUCAGCUUGCCCAUCCAGCCAACCCAGUCCAAUCAGAUUCCAAGCGGGAAUGAAAUAGACGGUUCUCUCAUAAAUACCCCUCUGGACUGUGAGGUGUCUGUCUGGUCACCUUGGGGUCUUUGUAAGGGUCAGUGUGGUGAGAAAGGGGUAAAACACAGAACCCGCUAUAUUCACAUGCAUCCUGCAAACAACGGGGCUGCCUGUCCACUUCUAGAGGAAAAGAAGCUCUGUAUCCCUGACAACUGUGUGUGAAUAUAAAUAUGACAUGAUGAGGACCUCAUACACAGGGAAGAAUCAACUGGUUAACAGCUUUAAAAUGUUUUGAGACAUUUUAAAGUGAAUGACUGUUUUCUGUGAGGCUAUGAUGUAGUGGGUGAAUUAACAGGAGACAAAUCCCAAGUUAGUUAUGAGGAACUGCAGAUGUCACCAGCAAAAAUACUUUUUACAAUAUUUGCCCUAAUAGGAUUUUAUAAACUGAAUUGGCUGUAACUUUCACACACUGUCCUCAUGCACUGUUCAUGGAGUCUUAUGCUCUCUGGUGAAAAAAACAACAACUCACCAGUGACAUUAUCAAGCUCAAUAGUUGAGAUAAAAAUCAUCAGUAAAAAUACUCUCUUGUCAAAAUAUUUUGCAUCAGUGGAUGAUAUCUGUACAUUAAUUGCAAAACUGUAUAUACAUUUGUAAAUAAAAUACAAUAAAAACAUGUUUCCUCUGAA